UGUUUUUACUUCUUUUGAGGAAGAAGGGCUGCUUGUGGAGGGUUUCAGAGUUGAAAAUGGUGGAGUCUCCGACAUUGAAACGGAGAUUAGAGGAGGAGAAUGAAGCAGAAUCUACUUCGAAAAGGUCAAGAACUUGCUUGCACGAGGUAGCAAUUCCCAGUUGUUUCGCUUCAAGCAACGAUGAAUCACUUCAUGGAACCCUUUCAAAUCCUGUUUAUAAUGGUAAAAUGGCGAAAAUCUAUCCAUUUAAGCUUGACCCUUUUCAGGAAAUCUCAGUAGCGUGUUUGGAGCGAAAGGAAUCAGUUCUUGUAUCUGCACAUACUUCUGCUGGUAAAACUGCAGUUGCAGAGUAUGCAAUUGCUAUGUCUUUUAGGGAUAAGCAAAGGGUAAUCUAUACUUCACCUUUGAAAGCUUUGAGUAAUCAGAAAUACAGGGAGUUGAGUGAGGAGUUUUCUGAUGUGGGUUUAUUGACUGGAGAUGUUUCAAUUUCACCAAAUGCGAGUUGUUUGGUGAUGACGACUGAAGUUCUGAGAACUAUGCUUUAUGUGGGUUCUGAGGUAUUGAAAGAGGUUGCUUGGGUUAUAUUUGAUGAAAUACAUUACAUGAAACAUCGAGAGAGAGGGGUUGUUUGGGAAGAGAGUAUUAUAUUCUUGCCACCAGCUAUUAAGAUGGUUUUUCUUUCAGCAACAAUGUCAAAUCCUAUGGAGUUUGCUGAAUGGAUUUGUAAUAUUCAUAAGCAGCCUUGUCAUGUGGUUUAUACUGAUUUUCGACCCACCCCUUUGCAGCAUUAUGCGUUCCCUAAGGGUGGUUCUGGAUUGUAUCUCGUUGUUGAUGACAAUGACCAAUUUAGGGAAGACAAUUUCUUGAAAUUACGGGAAACUUUCACCAACAAGAAGCCAGGGAGCUCCAGCGCAAAGGCUAGUGGAAGAAGUGGAGAAGGUGGCAAUGCUUCUGGUGUGUCUGACAUCUACAAAAUUGUCAAGAUGAUCAUGGCACGGAAGUUUCAGCCUGUCAUUAUAUUCAGUUUUAGUAGAAUAGAUUGUGAAAAACAUGCAAUGUGUAUGACCAAACUUGAUUUUAAUACUGAAGAGGAAAAAGAAGCUGUGGAGCAGGUAUUCCAUAGUGCAGUGGCGUGCUUGAACGAGGAAGAUAGGAACUUGCCAGCAAUUGAAUUAAUGUUGCCACUGCUUCAGCGAGGGAUUGCUGUUCAUCACUCUGGUUUGCUUCCUGUUGUCAAAGAACUUGUGGAACUUCUUUUCCAAGAAGGACUAAUAAAGGCCCUUUUUGCCACGGAGACGUUUGCCAUGGGACUAAACAUGCCUGCAAAAACAGUAGUUUUUACCAGUGUAAAAAAAUGGGAUGGUGAUGCUCAUCGUUACAUUGGAUCUGGUGAGUAUAUACAGAUGAGUGGAAGAGCAGGACGUCGUGGCAAAGAUGAGCGUGGUAUUUGCAUUAUCAUGAUUGAUGAGAAGAUGGAGAUGGAUAGCCUCAAGGACAUGGUUUCGGGCAACCCAGAUCCGUUGGUCAGCUCCUUUAGGUUGAGUUACUACUCAAUUUUGAAUCUAUUGAGCCGCACUGAAGGUCAAUUUACCGCCGAGCAUGUUAUCAAAAACUCAUUUCACCAGUUUCAGUAUGAGAAGGCUUUACCUGACAUCGGGAAGAAGGUUUCCAAGUUGGAAGAAGAAGGUGCAUUGCUUGAUGCCUCAGGAGAGGCUGAGGUUGCAGGAUAUCAUAAACUAAGGCUUGAGAUGGCCCAAUUUGAGAAAAAAUUGAUGGCUGAAAUAACAAGGCCUGAAAGGGUUCUGUAUUUUCUUCUUCCUGGUAGGCUGGUUAAGGUACGAGAAGGUGGAAAAGAUUGGGGUUGGGGUGUUGUAGUCAAUGUGGUGAAGAAGCCUCCAGCAGCAUUGGGUUCUUUGCCUGCUACCCUCUCUGCUUCAUGUGCUGCUGGCUAUAUUGUGGAUACAUUACUUCAUUGCUCUCUGGGUUCCAGUGAAAAUGGUUCUCGACCAAAACCAUGCCCUCCUCGUCCCGGGGAAAAGUGUGAAAUGCAUGUGGUUCCUGUUCAGUUACCCUUAAUUUCUUCUCUCAGCAAGCUUAGAAUAUCUGUUCCUUCUGAUCUUCGGCCUUUGGAAGCAAGGCAGAGUAUUUUUCUUGCAGUACAGGAGCUUGAAAAACGGUUCCCUGAAGGCCUCCCAAAGCUCAACCCUGUAAAGGACAUGGGCAUUGAAGAUCCUGAAGUUGUUAAUAUGGUGAACCAGAUUGAAGAACUUGAGAAGAAGUUCUUUUCUUAUCAACUGCAUAAGUCACAAAAUGAACAUCAGCUUAGGAGUUUCCAGAGGAAGGCUGAAGUGAACCUUGAGAUUCAACAGCUCAAGUCAAAAAUGCGUGAUUCACGGCUUCAAAAAUUUUGGGAUGAACUUAGGAACCGCUCCCAAGUCCUCAAAAAGCUGGGUCACAUUGACGCUGAUGGUAUUGUGCGGUUGAAGGGACAGGCAGCCUGCUUGAUAGAAACUGGAGACAACCUUCUCGCGACUGAAUUGAUGUUUAAUGGUACAUUCAAUGAUCUUAAUCAUCAUCAAGUUGCGGCUCUGACAAGCUGCUUUAUCCCAGGUGAUAGAUCAGAGGAAAAAAUACAAUUAAGAGAUGAACUUGAAAAACCAUUGCAACAGUUACAAGAUAGUGCAAGAAGAAUAGCAGAGAUACAACAUGAGUGCAAGCUGGAAAUAGAUGUUGAUAAAUAUGUGGUGGCAUCAGUUCGACCAUUCUUAAUGGAUGUUAUUUACUGUUGGUCAAUGGGUGCAUCUUUUGCGGAGGUUAUACAAAUGACAGACAUCUUUGAAGGUAGCAUCACACGGCUGGCUAGAAGGCUUGAUGAAUUUUUAAACCAGUUGAAAGCUGCUGCACAUGCUGUGGGAGAAGUAGAUUUAGAGAACAAAUUUGGUGCAGCAAGUGACAGUAUUCGGCGAGGGAUAAUGUUUGCAAAUUCUCUCUACCUGUGAAGUAGAUCAGUGCUUGGUAGAUUGAUCAAGCUGUGUAGUCUCAGUCCCUAGUUCUUCAUUUAUUCAAAGUAAUAUUUUUCUGUUGUAAAUAAUUGGCAGAUGUCCUAUGGGCUUACAUAUGCUAUAGCAUGAGAUGUGACAAUAAAGUGUCAUUGCAUGAGAUGAAAUCAUAACUUUCUUUUUGUACUUAUGAUUAUUUUAAAGGACUAUA